GUUCCCGAAACAGACGACCCUAGCGCUCCCUCUCUGUCUAUUCGUAUGAUGUUAUUAGGAACCAUAUGGGCAGUCUUUCUUGGACUGGUCAAUGGUAUAUUUUCUUUCCGUACCAACUACUUUGAGAUUAGCAACAAUGUUGCCGCUAUUCUAUCGUAUCCAAUUGGUAUCUUUCUUGCCAAUGUUCUCCCUCGUGGUAUUCUUAAUCCUGGCCCUUUUACCAUCAAGGAGCACGUUCUUGUAUAUAUGAUUGCCGGUGCUGCUGGUGGUCAACCCUACGGUGUUGAAAACGUCAUUGGUCAAAAGUUUGAUCAGUUUAUGGGCGAUUCCAAGAUUACAUUUUGGAAUUCGAUUCUGUUUGUCAUUACCACUCAAAUGAUCGGAUAUGGUCUUUCGGGUAUGACUCGUCGAUUUCUUGUCCGACCUGCUGCCAUGUACUGGCCCACUGUGCUAUCUACCGUUGCUCUGUUUGUGUCGUUCCAUGAAACCGAAGAAUCAGAAGAGUCCAAGAAAGUCGGCGGUCUGUCACGAUUCUCUUUCUUUUGGGUUGGAUUUGCCUUUAUGUUCAUGUGGCAGUGGUUUCCUACUUUCUUUGCUACCGCCUUGCAGUCCGUCUCAGUGCUCUGUAUGAUCACCAACAGCAAGUCUGCUCGUUUUCUUGGAUCCGCGUCACCCGACGCUGGCAUGGGAAUUCUUUCGUUUUCGUUCGAUUGGUCCAACAUUGGUUCUGGUAUCAUCUCCAUUCCUUGGUGGGUGAUUGCCAAUAUGGCCGUUGCCAACAUCGUUGUUGGGUGGUUAAUUGUUCCUGUUUUGUACUAUGGUAAGCAUUUUGGCAAUCCGGUCUUGGAGGGCAGUUAUACUCAAGGCAAGCCUAUGCGUGCUACCAGCAUGUAUGACAGAAACAACUUCAAUCUCAACAAAACUGCAUAUGAUCUUGUCAAACCUAUCUAUUUGACCGAGUAUUUUGCUGUUGCCUACUCCAUGUCUUUCUUUGCACUUACAUGUGGUAUAUCUCAUGUUGCUCUUUGGUACUAUAAGGAUAUUAUACGUCAAACCAAGGAGAUGUUUAAUCAGGUUGACGAAGCUCACACUGACAUUCACAAUGAGUUGAUGAAGGCUUACCCCGAUAUUCCUGAAUGGAUGUAUAUGGUAUGGCUAGCUUUCUGGCUUGUUGUCAUGCUGCUUGUUGGUAUUUUUACACCUUUCCAUUUGCCGUGGUGGGGUACUCUUUUCGGUCUUGUUCUCGCGUUCAUCUUUUUGAUUCCGUAUGGUAUCAUUCAAGGUUCAUCUGGACAGCAGCUUGGCCUCAAUAUCAUCACUGAGUUGCUCAUGGGUCUGUUUAUUCCUGGACAGACGGUCGCUGUCAUGACAUUCAAGUCAUACUCGUACAAUAUCAUGAUCCAAGCAUUGUCCUUGACAUAUGACUUGAAAGUAGGACAUUAUUUACACAUUAAUCCUGUUCACAUGGUCGUUGCUCAGUUAUGGGGAACAAUUAUUGGUGCGUUCUCCAACACUGCAGCCGUAUGGAUCGCAAUUGCCUACUUCCCUCUUGGUAACGAAGAUUGGUCAUAUCCGGUGCAUACCACCUUUUUCAAUGCCGGUGCCAUUUGGGGUGCUAUUGGUCCAGCAAGAUUUUUUGGGCCAUCUUCGCCAUACUGGUCUCUUAAUCUGGGCUACGUGAUUGGUAUUUUCCUUCCCAUUUUGCCAUGGGCUGCCAACAAGGUCUAUCCCCAUCCAUACUGGCGAUUUGUCCACUUUCCCAUCAUGUCUAAUUAUGGAAAUCCUGGCGGGAUUCAAUCGUCCUUUCUCUCACAAGUUAUUAUUUCCUUCAUUUUCAUGUACUAUCUUUUCACUUAUAAGCACGCUUGGUGGACAAAGUAUAAUUACGUUCUUGCCUGCGCUUUGGACGCUGGAUCAGGUGUAGGAGUUUUG